AUGCACGCAGUGGGUGAGCUCUUCAACUUUACCGCCCACACGUUCGCCCCCGCCGUAUUGGUUACACCUCUUGGGGAGCUGAGUGUGCUCACGGGUACCGCACUCGGUACAUAUUUCUUGAAAAAGCGGCUUAAUGUCGUCGGUUUCCUUGCCUUCUGCAUCUUCACCGCAGUCUAUUGCUUGUUCAUGAUAUACAAGGUCUGUCCUCACUACGGCAACGCUAAACCUCUUUAUUAUUUGUCAAUGGGUGCCGAAACCGGGGCUGUAUCCAUAAUGGCACUGAAGGCCUUCGGCAUCGCCGUUAAGUUGACAAUUGCCGGCACCAACCAAUUUCUUCACAUCUCAAACUACAUGUUUGGCAUUUUCGCCGCUGGAAGUAUCAUCGUGCAGAUGAAAUGCUUCAAUAAGGCACUCAGCGUUUAUCCGCAGUCCAUUGUCAGUCCCGUCUACUACGUCACCUUCACGUCCGCCGUGCUCGUAGCUUCUUUUAUCCUCUUUCAAGGAUUCAAUGUGGCAGACAAUGCCAAAUUAAUUCCAUUGCUUGACGGCUUUCUUGUUACAUUUUCUGGUGCAUAA